UCGGAAGCAACGGCGAGACGCGGGAUUUCGCUGGCGCGGCAGCUACAGAAUGGCCGGCGGUGGCGGGAAGCGCAGGCCCGGCGGGGAGGGGCAGCAGUGUGAAAAAACAGUUGAUGUGAAGAAGAGUAAAUCCUGUGAAGCUGAUGUCUCCAGUGACCUUCGAAAAGAAGUAGAAAAUCAUUAUAAGCUUUCUCUGCCUGAAGAUUUCUAUCACUUCUGGAAGUUCUGUGAAGAGCUUGAUCCUGAAAAGCCAGCUGAUUCACUUUCCACAACCCUUGGACUUCGAUUAGUGGGUCCUUAUGAUAUCCUUGCCGGAAAACAUAAAAUGAAGAAAAAAUCAGCAAGCCUGAAUUUUAACCUUCACUGGAGAUUUUACUAUGAUCCUCCUGAGUUCCAGACCAUUAUUAUUGGAGAUAAUAAAACUCAAUUCCACAUGGGGUAUUUCAGGGAUUCUCCUGAUGAACUUCCUGUAUAUGUUGGUACAAAUGAAGCAAAGAAAAACUGCAUAAUUGUUCAAAGUGGAGAUAAUGUGUUUGCUGCAAUCAAAUUAUUUCUGAUGAAAAAACUUAAGGAAGUAACAGAUAAAAAGAAAAGUAGUCUCGUGAAAAACAUAGAUGAGAAACUAACAGAAGCAGCCAGAGAACUGGGGUACCCACUGGAACAGAGAACCAUGAAGAUGAAACAGAGAGAUAAGAAAGUUGUGACAAAGACCUUUCAUGGUGCAGGCUUGGUUGUCCCAGUAGAUAAAAAUGAUGUUGGGUACAGAGAGCUCCCUGAAACGGAUGCCAACCUCAAGAGAAUUUGCAAGACAAUUGUUGAGGCACCAAGUGAUGAGGACAGACUGAAAGCUUUUGCUCCCAUUCAGGAAAUGAUGACCUUUGUGCAGUUUGCUAAUGAUGAAUGUGAUUAUGGUAUGGGGCUUGAGCUGGGAAUGGAUCUCUUUUGUUACGGCUCACACUAUUUUCAUAAAGUUGCUGGCCAGCUUUUACCUCUUGCAUAUAAUCUGUUGAAGAGGAAUCUCUUUGCAGAAAUUAUUGAAGAUCAUUUGGCAAACAGAAGUAAAGAGAACAUAGACCAACUUGCAGCAUGAAUGAGAGUUCGCUUUGUUUCGGUGUAUAAUAUUUUAAAGCAUUAGUAUUAAACUUGUGAUUUGUUUUUAAGGAAUACAGAAAAUAAAUUGAUGGAAAUAUUUACUAAAAACUUUUA